AUGGUGAUGGAGUCUAGGAAAAGAACAUUUCAAGAGUGUCUUCCAGUGAAACGUACAAAGUCAGGAUUAACAGAUGUGUCGAAUACCUUCCAAUUGAUAAGUCCUCCAGUGACUCCAGAGAAGAAUAGAAUUAUUCACUUUGAUGUGAAAUCUUCUGGAGUACGAAGCUUGGUGUUUGAUACACAAAAGCUGGAAGUUCUGGUCAAACCAGGAGCACUGGAAAAUCUUCCAAUGGUGCUGCUGCGCCAAUCAUCUGUCUAUUCAAGGGCCAAGAAUCUCUUCCAAAAAAGCGCCGUUGCUGACUCGGAAAAUGCUCAUUUGGUUGGCAGAGAAGGUGAGACCGAGUCCAUUGUUGGUUUUGUGACAAAAAAUCUCGAGGCUGGAACCUCAAGCAGCCUCUACAUUUCAGGACCUCCGGGAACCGGUAAGACUGCUCAGGUGACCAAGAUCCUUAGGUAUCUUCUGAAAAGCUCGAGUUCUGAUAUUAAUAACUUUGUCCACAAGAAGAAAAGAGUACGCACGGUUCACAUCAACUGUAUGACACUUAUAGCUCGUCCGGAAAAUGUGUUCCAUGAAAUUUACUGCGGCUUAAGCCAAGAAGAAUCCACCCGUCAUAACAAAAGAAAAACGGCAGAUGAUCUCCAGCAACUUUUAUUGAAUACUUCUCACGUCGACAGUCUUGUGGUUGUUCUAGAUGAACUCGACUGUCUUCUCACCAAGGACCAGCAAGUGAUCUUUACACUUUUCCGUCUUGCUUACCACCAACAUUCUCAUCAUUACCGAGCCAAAUUAAUCAUUCUUGCAAUCUCCAAUGCUCUCGACUUGACAGACAAGUUCUUGCCUCGGCUCAAAGCUAAUGGAAUGCUGCCUUGCACUUUGCAGUUUCUGCCGUACGCAGCUCAUCACAUCAAAAGCAUUGUGGAGCUGAAGUUGAGAACUUUGGUUGACGAAAGCGACAAGGAAAAUGCUCCACCUACUUCUGGGAAACCUCUCAUGGGUUCCGUUCCUAUUGUUCACCCCACGGCCAUCAUUCUUUGCUCCAAAAAAGCGGCUGCUAUAACUGGAGACUUGCGUAAAGCUUUCGAUAUUUUCUACCAAAGUAUAGAAAUGGUUGAAGAGGAGCAACGGAAAAAGCUCACACCACCGGAAUUUGACCAAUUGACCUACGAUAAUGCUCCCAAGGUUAUGAUAACCCAUGUCGCCAAGGUUUGUUCUCGGUCUUUUGGAGACAAUUCCAUGAGCAAAUUGCAGAGUUUGAAUCUUCACCAGAAAACUGUUCUUUGUUGCUUGUUCAACUACUACCAUGGCCCAUCGACAGCAGGACUGUUGGCGCGAGACAUCACCAUCAAUGGGUUCUACGAUUUCUACACAAAGCACUGUAGUGAGCACGCUGAGCGGUUACUAGGAAAACUUCGAAAGGGAGAAUUUUUGGAUAUUAUUUCUGCUUUGGAGUCUUGCUCGGUGGUAUCCGUGAUAGUGUCUCGAGGAUUAUCCCGAAAUGGAAACCAGGACUUUGGAAACAAAACCAUCAAACCAAAUGUGACAUAUGAAGACUUUGUGAAAUGCAUUGAGAAUAUUGGAGUGCUUCGCCGCAUUCUCCAUGGCGAACUGCCUUAA